AUGUGCGUAACGUUCGUUUAUUUGAAUGAUAAAGCAAUUGAUGAUCCGAAAAGUUAUCAGUUGAUUGUGUUAAAUAAUCGUGAUGAGCUAUUUGAUCGGCCCACACUACCACCUGCUUGGAAGGAUGGUAUUUUAUGUGGUCGAGAUCAAGCAGAUCCAUAUGGUGGCACUUGGUUAGGCAUGACUAGGAAUGGUCGUUUGGGAAAUAUUCUUGCAGUACUUGAAAAUCCAACAGAUGAAGUACCUUGUGCGAUAACACGUGGAAAAAUCGUAUACGAAUAUUUGAAAUCCGAAAUGGCACCAGAGAAUUAUGUGGCUGAGCAACUGUCGAAAGAAGCACAGCAGUACAACGGUUUCAAUGUAAUUCUAUUUCAUCGGCUUUUUAAUGAAGAAAUUGAACGAAAAACAUAUUUUGGAGUUCAAUUUUCUAACCGACAUGACAGCCCGACUGCAACAUUUAGCUCCGGCAUUUAUGGAUUUGGAAAUAAUGUAUUGGGAAAGCCGUUUAAAAAAAUAACUUACGGUUUACGGUUGUUCAAAGAGAAGCUGAAAAUUCUAGAUGAUGAGAAUAUUAACGAACAGGAACUUGUGAAGCAGUUCUUGGAUAUCCUUAUUGAUCAGACAAGUCAUCAUCCCGAUGAGCAGCUCAUUUCACAGAAGGAACAAGAUAAAGACAGUUGCAAACUUAUGUCUCAACUGUUUUAUGAACUUCCGAAACCUUUGAGAUAUGGAACCAGAUCUCAUACCAUCGUGCUGGUGAAUGGUGUUGGUCGUUGUACAUAUUUUGAAAGAAGUCGAAAACAGCUAACUCCAGUAUCUGAUAUUACUUGGGAUGAUACAACGCACUAUUUUGAUCUUGAUGACUUAUGA